GGCAAUAGUUGAAGAACGAAUCAGAAAACGCGUGUUGUUAGAGGUUGUAGUUGUACCUUGCUGGUUUGGUAACGACUAUUCAAGUUGACAAAAUGGCAGAAAAUGAUGCAGAAUUAUUGGAUUAUGAAGAUGAAGAGGAGCAGGAACAGACUGCUCCUGAUCCUACCAUAGAAACGAAAAAACCAGCCGGUGGUUAUGUAUCUAUACAUAGUUCUGGGUUUAGAGAUUUUUUGUUAAAACCUGAACUUCUGAGGGCUAUAGUAGAUUGCGGUUUUGAACAUCCAUCUGAGGUCCAACAUGAGUGUAUUCCUCAAGCAAUUCUCGGAAUGGAUAUAUUGUGCCAAGCUAAGUCAGGUAUGGGUAAAACAGCUGUGUUUGUUUUGGCUACAUUGCAACAAUUGGAUCCUGUUGAUAAUCAGGUCUCUGUGUUAGUUAUGUGUCACACUAGGGAGUUGGCAUUUCAGAUUUCCAAAGAAUAUGAACGUUUCUCUAAAUACAUGCCUAGUAUAAAGGUUGGUGUGUUCUUUGGCGGAAUGACCAUCACUAAUGAUGAAAAAGUAUUGAAAUCCAACUGUCCUCAUAUUGUUGUUGGAACACCAGGAAGAAUAUUGGCUCUUGUAAAGUCAAAGAAGUUGAAUUUACGUUACAUCAAGCAUUUUGUUCUUGAUGAGUGUGAUAAGAUGUUGGAAGCUUUAGAUAUGCGUCGAGAUGUACAAGAAAUUUUCAGAAGUACUCCUCAUGAGAAGCAAGUAAUGAUGUUCAGUGCUACCUUGAGCAAAGAGAUUCGCCCCGUUUGCAAGAAAUUUAUGCAAGAUCCUAUGGAAGUAUACGUUGACGAUGAAGCUAAGCUUACCCUUCAUGGACUUCAACAAUAUUAUGUAAAAUUAAAGGAUAAUGAAAAGAACAGGAAACUUUUUGAACUUCUCGAUUUACUUGAAUUCAAUCAGGUAGUUAUCUUUGUGAGAACAGUUCCUCGGUGUAUGGCUUUGGCGCAACUUCUUGUGGAACAGAAUUUUCCAGCUAUUGCUAUUCAUCGUGCUAUGACUCAAGAAGACAGGCUCUCAAGAUACCAGCAGUUUAAAGAAUUUCACAAACGGAUAUUGGUGGCAACUAACCUUUUUGGUAGAGGAAUGGAUAUUGAAAGAGUUAAUAUUGUCUUUAAUUAUGAUAUGCCGGAAGACUCGGAUACAUACCUGCAUAGAGUAGCUCGUGCUGGGAGAUUUGGAACAAAAGGUUUAGCCAUAACAUUUGUUUCUGAUGAAACUGAUGCUAAGACUUUGAAUGAAGUUCAGGAGAGAUUUGAUGUAAAUAUUUCAGAACUGCCUGAAGAGAUAGACAUAUCUUCAUACAUUGAAGGACGAUAAGGCAGACUGCCAGUUUUAAGAUGCUUCAGAACAUGGGCAACAGUAACCAAGUUCUUUUGACAAGCAUGCAUCAUCUGUGUGUACUCUUUUUUCGUAAAGUACCAAGUGAAAUAAAUUGGGAACGAUUUUCAUUAUCUUGUUAUGUAUCAUACUUGUCAUUUACCACAAUGCCCAUAAUUUUCCAGUUGUAUAUAUAUAUUCAAGCAUUAAAUAUUUCUUUCAUAUGUUUC